UUGAUACAAUGGAUGUUCACGAUCCUGUUGAUUGUUGCUAUCCUCGCUCCCACUUCAGAUUCGACAAGCGUUCGCAGAAGACUUCGCAAGCCUAGCAAAAUUUCCACAUCAGUAUCCUCCAGCGUAUCGAGGUCUACUGAUCAAAUUAUAGCUGCGAGCGUGAACAGACCCAAGAUCCGUGGACGUCCCACCGUGGCUAGUCGAAAAUCGACCGCGGCUUUAGAUAAUUCUGUCAGCACUGAUGACCACAAGAAUAAAGAUGGCUACAAGAUCGUCUGUUAUUACACGAAUUGGUCGCAGUACCGCACGAAAAUCGGAAAAUUCUUACCUGAAGAUAUUCAACCUGACCUCUGCACCCAUAUCAUCUUUGCUUUCGGAUGGCUAAAGAAAGGCAAGCUCAGCUCCUUCGAGUCCAACGAUGAAACGAAGGAUGGGAAGACCGGCCUUUACGAUAGAAUCAAUGAACUGAAAAAAGCAAAUCCCAAGUUGAAAACUUUGCUCGCUAUUGGUGGAUGGUCCUUCGGAACACAGAAAUUUAAAGAUAUGACGGUAUCAAGAUACGCACGACAGACAUUCAUUUACUCGGCUAUCCCGUUCUUACGUGAUAGGAACUUCGAUGGUCUGGAUAUCGACUGGGAGUACCCGAAAGGCGGAGAGGACAAGAAAAACUUCGUCCUGUUUUUGAAAGAAAUCCGUGAAGCAUUCGAGGCUGAAGCUCAAGAAGUGAAGAAACCGCGUCUACUCCUGACCGCUGCUGUACCCGUUGGUCCUGACAAUAUUAAGAGUGGUUAUGACGUCCCCGCUGUGGCCAGCUAUCUGGACUUCAUCAACGUUAUGGCCUACGAUUUCCACGGAAAAUGGGAAAAGGAAACUGGUCACAACGCCCCUCUGUACGCUCCCUCAUCUGACUCUGAAUGGCGAAAACAGUUAUCCGUAGAUCAUGCAUCACACCUCUGGGUCAAAUUGGGAGCUCCUAAAGAAAAACUCAUCAUUGGUAUGCCAACUUAUGGACGUACUUUCACUCUCUCAAACACUGACAACUUCAAAGUGAAUUCUCCAGCCAGCGGGGGUGGCAAGGCUGGCGAGUACACAAAGGAGAGCGGCUUCCUCGCCUAUUACGAGAUUUGCGAGAUGCUUCGCAACGGUGCUACCUACGUGUGGGAUGAUGAGAUGAAGGUGCCUUAUGCUAUCCACGGUGAUCAGUGGGUUGGUUUUGAUGAUGAAAGGUCAAUCAGGAAUAAAAUGAGAUGGAUUAAGGACAACGGUUUUGGAGGCGCUAUGGUGUGGACAGUGGAUAUGGAUGACUUCAAGGGCGACGUGUGUGGUGGAGACGUGAAAUAUCCACUUAUUGGUGCAAUGAGGGAGGAACUCCGUGGAAUAUCACGAGGAAAGGAUGCGAAAGAUGUUGAUUGGUCUACUGUAGCUGAAAGCGUGGUUAUUGAUGUUACUGAGAAACCUCAACCAAUCAAGAUCAGUUUAUCAGAUGUACUAAGCAAAGUUAAGAAACCGACAAAGACCAUAAUCGUUAAAAACCCUAGUUCAGCCGUCGCCGAUAAGUACAAACGGGAACCUCAAGUUCUCUGCUACUUGACCUCCUGGUCCUCGAAGAGACCUAGCGGUGGCCGGUUCACGCCAGAAAAUGUUGAUCCAAAUCUGUGCACACAUAUUAUCUACGCUUUUGCAACUCUUAAAGAUCACAAACUAGCUGAAGCAGAUGAGAAAGAUGCGGACAUGUAUGACAAAGUUGUGGCAUUAAGAGAAAAGAAUCCUAAUUUAAAGAUCCUCCUUGCUAUUGGCGGUUGGGCGUUCGGUUCUACUCCCUUCAAAGAACUCACGUCCAACGUGUUCCGUAUGAACCAAUUUGUAUACGAAGCUAUUGAAUUUCUCAGAGAUUAUCAGUUUAAUGGACUCGACAUAGACUGGGAGUAUCCUAGAGGAGCUGAUGAUCGCGCUGCCUUCGUGUCCCUUCUUAAAGAACUUCGCCUCGCCUUCGAAGGAGAAACGAAGACAUCAGGGCAACCACGACUGUUGCUGACAGCAGCAGUGCCUGCUUCGUUUGAAGCUAUUGCUGCUGGAUAUGACGUACCAGAGAUUUCUAAAUAUCUUGACUUUAUCAACGUAAUGACUUACGAUUUCCACGGACAAUGGGAACGGCAAGUGGGACACAACAGUCCUCUGUUCCCACUCGAAAGCGCGACCAGCUAUCAGAAGAAACUGACUGUUGACUAUUCUGCCCGUGAAUGGGUCCGACAAGGUGCUCCUAAAGAGAAGUUGAUGAUUGGUAUGCCCACAUAUGGCAGAUCUUUCACAUUAAUAAACGAAACACAAUUCGACAUCGGCGCCCCUGCUUCUGGUGGAGGUGAAGCUGGAAGAUACACCAACGAAGCUGGUUUUAUGUCAUACUACGAGAUAUGCGACUUUCUGAGAGAAGACAAUACAACUUUGGUUUGGGACAACGAACAAAUGGUACCAUUCGCGUACAGGGACGACCAAUGGGUGGGAUUCGAUGAUGAGAGAUCACUGAAAACAAAGAUGACAUGGUUGAAAGAAGAGGGCUUUGGUGGUAUUAUGGUAUGGUCAAUCGACAUGGAUGACUUCAGAGGUACUUGCGGCACCGGGAAAUACCCACUUAUCACCACUAUGAAGCAAGAGUUAUCGGAAUACAAAGUCAAAUUGGAGUACGAUGGUCCUUUUGAAUCAUUGAGCUCUGCUAGUGGACAGUACACAACGAAAGACCCCAAUGAAGUAACAUGUGAAGAAGAAGAUGCUCACAUAUCAUACCAUCCCGACAAAGCAGACUGCACCAUGUACUACAUGUGCGAAGGUGAACGAAAACACCACAUGCCCUGCCCACAGAACCUCGUCUUCAAUCCCAACGAGAACGUCUGCGAUUGGCCCGAAAACGUCGAAGGAUGCACCCACCACACGCAAGCACCAGCCGCUAAGCGAUAA